UAAAGGGUUGAGACCUUUUUGUACAUCCCCAUGUCUUAUUCAAUAGUGAUUGAUUGGAUAGACCCGAACACAUUGUGUCAGAACUCACUAAAAUGGUUUUUGUUUUUUUUCUAUGGUGGAUACUAUUACAAACUGGUUCUGAUAUUAGAUUCUGAAAUACAGAGCAGUGACAGCAUAAAUGCUGUUGUGGACAAUUUGGACCGUCUAAUAAAACAGUUUGAUCAAGGUAUAGAGAUCAAACAAGUGCACAGGGACGCAUCCAGAAUCUCCAAGACUCUAUUGCAUUACAGUUUAUAUUCCAGAACUUACUUGGAAGACAUUCAGAAACAGAUUCCAUUUAAUGGAACAUUGAAUGAGAUGGUGCAGAGAUUAAAUAACAAGUUCUUGCUUCUGCGUUUGUUAUCAGUACAACUAAACCAAGCCAAAGUUAGUACAACAAAGAUACUGGCGUUAAGGACGCUGCAAGUUGUGUUUGAUGUUGUGCUUGGCGUUAUUGCUUCAUCUAAACAACUUUUACAGUACGUUGAUGAUGGGGUGUUGCUGAUGACAGAUGUGGUUGGUCCUGAGAUGAAUCAUCGACGACCCAGAAGUUAUUGGUUCUAUGUGUGCGACGCUCAUAGAUGGAGGUUACAGUGGUGUCAUGCUCUAUAACAAUGUCAUUGGAAACUCGAUAUAUGGUUGUACCUUGAGUCUGACUAAUAAACGGAAAGACCUUUUUGUACAUAUUCUAUAUUGGCUCAA